AUGAACCCAACUGGUUCUCUAUGGACCCAACUGGUUCUGAAGCUCCACUGUACCAGGAACUAUAUCCAUAUGAACCUGUUCGUCUCCUUCAUGCUGAGAGCUAUCUCUGUGUUCAUCAAGGACGGGGUUCUGUACACUCAGGAGGAAGAAAACCACUGCUUCAGACACACCGUGGAGUGUAAAGCAGUCAUGGUAUUAUUCCACUACUGUGUGAUGUCCAACUACUUCUGGCUGUUCAUCGAAGGCCUGUACCUCUUCACCCUGCUGGUCCAAACCUUCUUCCCAGAGAGGCGGUACUUCUACUGGUACACCGUGGUAGGGUGGGGUACUCCCACCAUUUGUGUAACUGUCUGGGCUGCCCUGAGGCUUCACUUUGACGACACAAGUUGCUGGGAUACCAACAACACCACUGCCCUCUGGUGGGUGAUCAAGGGACCUACGGUCGUCUCCAUCAUGAUCAACUUUGUCCUGUUUAUUGGGAUCAUAGUCAUUCUGGUCCAGAAGCUGCAGUCGCCUGACAUCAGAGGGAAUGAGUCCAGUAUCUACCUGCGUCUGGCUCGGUCCACCCUUUUACUCAUCCCCCUCUUCGGGAUCCACUACACUGUGUUUGCCUUCUCACCAGAGGACGUCAGCAAGAAGGAGAGGCUGGUGUUUGAGCUGGGCCUGGGAUCUUUCCAGGGUUUUGUUGUGGCUGUCCUCUACUGUUUCCUCAAUGGAGAGGUGCAGUCUGAGAUCAAGAGGAAGUGGCGUAGCUGGAGGGUACCGGUACUUUACCGUGGAUCUGAAGCAUCAGCAGCGCCACCCAUCCCUGGUCAGCAGUGGUGUCAACGGGGAACACAGCUCUCCAUGCUCAGUUCCAAGAGCUCCUCCUGCCCACAGAUUGCAUGGUGGGCCCCCUGGCCGAGACACCGUCCACACUCAACCUGCCCACCUGAUUGUCUCAAACCCCUGGCCGAGACACCGUCCACACUCAACCUGCCCACCUGA